AUGUUACCUUCUCUGAAAGAACUACCACAACCCCCGCAAGCGCUGAAGACCGCUGGUGCCGUUGUUGCUGGUGGGUUGGCCUCUGUCAUCGCCUUGAGGCUCGGCUACCACGUAUGGACCCGCUGGCUCUUCUAUGACCGUCCCGCCACUGCCUUGGUCGACGGUUUCUAUGCCCGCCACAAAGAUUGCAUAAGAUUCGUCGAGAUCAGACCAGGUCGCCGCAUUGCUGUGUAUGAAAACCUGCCUGUCUCGACCGGUCGCCCGGCGCUCAUCUUCAUCCAUGGAAGCUGUGCACGCAUGCAACAGUUCGAGGCGCAAAUAGACCACUUCACCGCUCAAGGGCAUCGGGUGGUAGCUCUAGAUCUCUACGGUUGCGGAGCCAGCGAGAAGCCCGAUGACCCUAAGGCCUACCACACUGCUCAGAUCAAGAGCGACGUGGUUGCCUUCCUCGAGAAGUUCGCCACUCCCGGAAGUGUCAUCAUCGGUCAUUCCUAUGGGGCAGCGAUUGUCCUCGGUCUAUCCAUGGAUCGUUACCUGGUGAACACUCUCAAGUUAUCUGGCUUCGUCUGUAUCGCUUCGCCGAAUGCCAAAACGCUCAGCUCUCGCGGGGCCCCCCAUCUUCGAAACAAGUUCGACAAGCCUAGGUGGUGGCUUUGGUUCAUCCGUCCAUAUGUUGGUCGCCAAUUUCGAGCAGCUCUUCUUGGACCUUCUGCAAGCCCUGACUUAUAUCGUCAAGAGAAGGAGGCCAGUGCCAGGAAUCCAGUGUACAUGUACAAGGCUUUCUACACUCAAUGGGGAACGGACAUACUAAUUCCCUCAAACCAUCAAGGAAGCCAGAUCAAGGGCCUCUUCAUCGUUGGCGAACUCGAUAAGGCCACCCCAGUGGAGUACACACGAGCCUCGCUUGAAGAGGCCUCCAAGGGGGGAGUUCGUCACAAUCUCGAGGUUAUUGAAAGAGCUGGUCAUCAGGUUAUGCAGGAAUUCCCGGCCACGGUGAAUUCAAGUAUCACAUCCUUUUUGAAAACAAUCGGAUUCGCAGCAGGUGUUUGA